ACACACUCCGCAUGGUUUCUCCGCAACUCCACGUCCUCCGUCAUGCACCCCGUCUUUCUAUUUCCCUCUUGGGCCUCCUGCGUCGGCGUUUGAAAUCCAACACUGAGAUGAAGAAAGGAGCAUGAAAUGGGUGGUUGGUCAUGAAGGGCAUCGGUAACUGCAGGCAGAGGACUGUACACCUGCUGGAUUAGGCUAACACGAGAUCUAGGCGUCGGGAUCUGGCGGCUUUUGACAACUUAACUGGAGUCGAUGUAUUGAUUUGAAAGAUCGAAACGUCAUUCAUGCUUAAGCCUCCCGACGCUGCAUGGGCGAUCCAGGCAGCCAACAAUGAGUGUGAGAUCGAGGAUCCAUCGCGUAUCGUAUGCGGAACGCACACAAUGUGCGAGCUCGUCGUUGCAAGCGCAUGCAAACCAGCCUUACUUCGCGCUUUACGACGAGGCAUUCGCCAACAUCCUUGGGAGUAACCCUUCAAUUGAACUCGCCCUAGAGAACGAAUUCCCUCUAUUUCACGAGGCCGGGGUGUAUCUUCCUCAACAAGAUGCCUUCUACAUUACGAGUAAUCGAUUCGUUCCGAAGAACAGUUCGGAGCAGACAAUCCUCGUGGGCAAGUUAACGAGAUCCAAUGGCACCUGGGAAUACGACAUUAUAGACACAGAUGUGGUCAUGGGCAACGGCGGUAUCAAUUACAAGGAAGGCGUCGUCUUCUGUGACCAAGGCUCGAAGACGAGACCUGGUGGGCUCGUCCAUAUGGAGGUACAUCCGCCGUAUCAGACGAAGCCAUUGAUCGACGGGUUCCACAGUCGAUUAUUCAACAGCGUGAACGAUGUUGUCGUGCACUCGGAUGGUUCAUUAUGGUUUACGGAUCCUCUAUACGGGCACGAGCAAGGUUUCAGAGAACGACCUGCUUUGCCAUGCCAAGUAUACCGCUUCUCAGAAAGCACAGGCGACAUCCGAGUCGUAGCCGACGGGUUCAAUCGACCCAACGGCCUCUGCUUCAGUCCCGACGAGCAAACCAUGUACAUUACCGACACCGACUACAUCCACGGCGACGGCACCACAGACCUCUCCCGCGUCUCCACGAUCUACGCCUUCGACGUAAUAGCUCGACACGGCUCUCACUUCCUCGCCAACCGCCGAGUCUUUGCAAUGGCAAGUUUCGGCGCACCCGACGGCAUCAAAUGCGAUUUAGAAGGGAACGUUUAUUCGGGAUGCGGAGAUGGUGUCAAUGUUUGGAGUCCCGGUGCAAAAUUGCUCGGGAAGGUCGUUAUACCCGGCGGCGUGGCGAACUUCUGCUUUGCGAGGAAAGGCGAGCUGCUGCUUUUAAAUGAGACGCGAGUGUGGAUUGUAAACAUUGAUAAGAAGGUGCAGGGAGCACUGCUGAAGAAUAUGGGGACUGAGGUCGAGUAAGUGGACACGCGGUAAGGUAUAGAGUCCACGUCCUCGUGCGAGGUCAUUGCCG